GCACGCUUUCCAGCUUGCUGCGGUAGAGAGAGGAGCAGAAAUGCCGAAGAGAACCACGCACACCUACUCGAGCGAGGAUGCAGGCCCGGAUGGACCAGACUCCGAUCUCUUCGUCUACUACUGCAAGCCCUGUGGAUCCCAUGUCCUCAUUACUGUUGCAGAAAAUGCCGAGAAGGAAGACCGAUAAAGCUUAUGUUCUGGAUAAAAAGAAGCAUCUAGCUAGAUUAAACGUUAACGAGGCUGGAAAAGUUCUUUUGAAGCGAGGCGAAGGAAAGUUGGAGAAGCAAUUUCGUAUGAAUUGUGUGGGUUGUGGUCUUUUUGUUUGCUAUCGGUCUGAGGAAGAUCUGGAAACUGCUUCUUUCAUUUAUGUAGUGGAUGGUGCACUUAGUACCAUUGCUGCUGAAACCAAUCCACAGGAUGCUCCAGUGCCACCUUGCAUAUCACAGUUAGAAGGAGGACUUGUUCAAGUUGCCAUAGAGGUGGAAGAUCGUGCACAACGUUCAGCAAUUACAAGAGUUAAUGCUGACGAUGUUCGGAUCACUGUAGCUGCACCAGCAGCUCGUGGGGAAGCUAAUAAUGAGCUUCUGGAAUUCAUGGGAAAAGUGCUGGGUCUAAGAUUGAGCCAGAUGACACUUCAGAGAGGGUGGAAUAACAAAUCAAAGCUCCUGGUGUCCGUUGGUUUUGCCUGGAAAUAUUGCUUGAUUUAUCUAUAGACUAUUUCUGUUCAUACCCAUACAUGGCGUGAACAAAAAGCAUAUUCGGGAAGUUGGUGCUCUGGUCGAGGGCGAAGUGCAGU